AAUAAACAUUAUUGACUACUUUUAUAUAUAUUAAAAUAAACAAUUAUAUAAUUAUUCUGUUACUGUUUGCGAAAGGCAACAAUACUUAAUAAAUGACAGUCCUGUCGCAGCCUCCUUUAACUUUAUAAAUUCAAAAGUAUGGUUUUUCUGUUAUUCCACUACGGAAUUAAAAAUAUUGCUGUUAUUUCUUAUUAGAUAUUUACCAAGUAUAAAGGUUUUAAAGGCAUAUGAUCAGUUCUAUGUAUUGCAUUACAAUCGUAUCGAUCUUUUACAGUGUGGUUACAGAUCCAGUCUCAACAUCCCUCUCUGAUAUUUGGUACAUUUAUUAUAACUAAUAUGAAAACUGAACAUGUAGAUUUACACUGAGAAUUUAUCUACAGACAAGAAUUUUAAAAUGGCACAGCUCACCUUUACAUUAAAUAAAGAUAGUCAAACAGAAAAGGUGAAUUCUAAAGUUGCACAGGUAAAGUCUGUUGAUCAUCUGGCAAGGACCAAACAUUUCAAUCAGACAACUUUGCAGUCAGAUAAUGUAUGUGGGCAUAAAACAGAUGUCCCUGGUGAUGUUAAAAAAGAUAUGAAUUUGUUAAACAAAUUGAAUUCUAAAGAAGAAGAAAAUAGUGUACAAAUUAAAAAAAAUAUUAAACAUAGUAAUGUAGAUAGGACUAGGAUAUUGAAAACUGAAUUUGUUGAUGUGACCAAGGAAUCAGGGGAUGAUGUUUACAUAUUUUGUGAUAAGGAAAUGGAUAUGACAAAGCAAUAUGACAAUGAUGAAAUUAAUAAUGAGUUGGUUUUAGAACCUGCGGUGAUACUAUCAGAUGAAGAAGUUCCUCGAGUCAUCUCCAACUCUCAAAACAAUGAGGAAUAUUCAUGCGAUAUAUGUGGCAAGAAAUUUUAUUCCUUAAAUCAAAUACAACUCCACGUACUGAGUCAUACAGAUGAGGUUACACACACAUGCAAUGCAUGCAAACGAAGCUUCUCUCGUUUCAGGUCAUUGCGUCAACACAUGAGAAUACAUACUGGUGAAAAACCCUAUACAUGUGAUGUUUGUAAUAUGAGUUUUAGGGUGAGCUCAACAAUGAUUCGGCAUAAACGUCUCCACUCAACAGAUAAGCCGUACCAAUGCAAUAUAUGCCAGAAAUGUUUUAGAGAGAAGUCGCAACUAAAGCUGCAUAUGUGGACGCAUUCGGAGAGAAAGCCAUUCAGUUGUGAAACUUGCGGUCAGGCCUUCGUAGAAGCUGCAAAGUUGAGGAUACAUUCUCGUAUUCACACAGGUGAAACACCAUAUAGUUGUGAGGUGUGCAAAAAGCGUUUCAUAGAUAAAACUCGACUGAAAGUACACACAAGGACACAUAACAGUGUACAACCAUUUGGCUGUGAUAUCUGUAACAAAAGUUUCAGAGAUGUGAGUAGAUAUAAAAAUCAUCUGCUCAUACACACGGGUGAAAAACCGCACAAUUGUGAAGUGUGCGGGAAGUGUUUUCGUGACACGUCACAGUUGAGGGCGCAUAAGCGCAUUCACACUGGUGAAAAACCGUACAGUUGUCAAGUAUGUCAACAGCGUUUCAGAAUGACCGGACAUUUGAAACAGCAUAUGAACACGCAUACUCGUUAAUAAGUGAAUGGGACAGUAAAAUAUUAGUGAGGGCUUGUUAAAUAAUAUAUUGAAAAUAAAUCUGUUAUUAUAAGAGUUCUGUUA